AUGGCUACGACGUUAACUGAAGAUAAAUUUAAAGCUAUGAAGCUAGUGGAUCUCAAAGUCUACUUACAAAAUCGAGGAAUUAGUGUGAACAGUCACCUGAAACCUGGACUCGUGGCCAUUGCAUGUGCCGUCAAAGAAAUGUGUCUUCCCUUGCUAAACUCAGUCAGCGAAGUCGAAGAGAAGUUAAGUUUAGAUUGUCGUUUAAAACAUUAUGAUGUUCAACUGCCUGAUCCUUUUAAAAUAGCUGUCUUCAAUCAACGAUUUUAAGCACUCACCACCCUUUAGUUUAUUUGAUAUAUUCAACCAUCUCAUAUAUCAUGAGAUCCUUGAUGUGGUUACUACAUUUGACUAUCUAGGUGUUCGAAUAAGCAACAUUCUGUCAUGGGAACAGCAUGUUAGCAGAAUAUGUCAACGCUUGUAUCCAAAACAUGGCUUACUCAAUCGCAUAUCAUCAUUUCUGCCUUCCGUAAUUUUACUCCGUAUCUACAAACAAACUAUACUACCCAUCUUGGACUAUGGUUCGACUGUUUGGCAUGAGUGCGGAAUAAUCCAAACGAGGCGGGUCGAGAAACUUCAGAAUCGUGCUUUGAGGAUUAUCCUUCACAAAGGAAGGCGAAAAUGCUCUCAAGAGUUGUGCAGCGAAGUAAAGCUGCUGACAUUGCACGGCAGGAGAUGAUUUUUACGCUUUAUGUGUAUUUUCAAGAUACUGUACAACUUGGCCUGCCCCAGUCAACUGAGAGAUACGUUCAAAUUCAGACGUUGCAUGCACAACAGAGACUUGAGGGAUAAGACGCUGCUUGAUCUUCCGAAGAUGAACAGUGCAAUAGGUCGAUCUACUUUCACGUAUGCUGGUGCUAAAGACUGGAACUCUCUACCAUUAAACAAUUGAUAUCACUCUCAAAAUUUAAACGUACUGUUUACACGCAUCCUUUAGAACUUGACAACAAUUCUCAUAUUUGUAGUAUUUAGGAUGCAUGUUUAUAUUAUAAUCACUGUUCUCCCGUUAACACCAGCAGCAUUGCUGAUGGGAUUUUUAACAGUUUAAAUAAAGUAUUUAUUUUAUUAUUUAUUAUAUCACUCAUCAGACUUUGAUAAGCAAGCUCUUGGAGCAUAUAAAUCGUACGAAAACUACCGUUUAUUCUACGAUGGAUAUGUGGAUUCUCUGCUGACAGCGUACCGCCAAGAUGCUGGAGUACAUGUAUAUGUAAGUAAGGUCAAGCCUACUAUGAAGGAGAAAACCAAAGAAGGUCUUAAAGAGUACUAUGACUCAUGGUUUUUGCUAGAUGGGAAAGGACAAAAUCGUGGUAGUGAGUGUGCUUGAUGCAUUUUGUGUUUGCCUUGGAGGAAGAGAUGGUGCUUGUAAACAUGUUGCAGCAGCUAUGUAUUCACAUGAUGCCCUUCUAAAUACCAAGGGGGAAGAUAGUGUUACAAGUAAGCCUUGCAAAUGGACGCGAAGACCAAAGCCUGACACAUCGGCAUGUGAAGUAAGGGAUCUGUCAGUGAAUAAAAGAGGGCUUAAAGAUCAGAACGAGUUGUUGUCCAAGAAAAAGAAGACUCAGGAAUACACAUUCUCCCAGUUCAUUGAUCAUGAUCAACGUACUAUGCAGGACAGGGAACCUUGUAGUCCAGAACAACUUGCCACUCUGGUAACUAGUAUGCAGAGCAUGAAGGAGAAACCAGCUAUUUUGCCAAUCUUGACAAAACAUUUGAUUCCCUUCCAAGGUGGCUCUAAUGUUGUAAAACCAGUUGAGGUCUUGGAACAUGGAAUAAUGGAGCAAAAAGUUCUACAACAUUUGGAAAUGAGUACAGAAGCAAACAAGGACACAUUUGUUGCAAAUCUAAACUUUACCCAGGAAGAAAGAAACAACGUUGCUGCUGUUACAAAGAGGCAAUGGCAAUGCAAGCAAUGGUAUGUGCAUAAAAGAGGAUUUGUAACUGCCUCAAAAUGUAAGAGUGUUUAUACCAGGCAGGUUUCUGUUGAGAAACAUAUAACUGAUACCUCUGCUUUGGUGAAUUCACUCACUAAAAGGAAAUUGUAUGCUAUAAGAAAGAUAAUUGAAGAUCCAAAAACCCCAUUAGACUGGGGCCUAAAGUAUGAAAACAGUGCCAGGAAAGCAUAUUACAACCUUCAAGCAAACAAACACCAUCAACUAAGUCUGGUUUCUAUAAUUAUAUUAACAAAUAACACAACAUAUCAUAUGACAAAAGGUUAUUGA